GAGGAACUUCAAACCCUCAAUGCACAAGCUGAGCCAGGGCAUUCGUUUUUAAACAGAGGGUAUGCCUUUCAGUUGUUUUUCUUACACCAGGAUUUCUCUAUGGCAAAUUGGCAAACCACCAAGCCUCUAGUCUUGAAAAUGCAACAGGUUGCCAUAAAUCAACUGUGACUUGACAACCAAAAAAACAAAACAGAAACGAGGUCAUUUAACUGAAGGCAGAGCUUUAGCAAUGGUCUCUUUUCAGUCUUUGCUACCUUGGUCAUUUUUUGUUCUCAUGAUGAUUCUAAAAAGCUCUGCUUUGGACAAAUACACAGCAGCGGUCUAUGAGCAUUCAGUCUUACUGCCAAAACCCACUCACAAGCCUGUUUCUUCUGAAGAGGCCUUAAAAUUGAUGAACAGAAACAUGGAUAUUUUGGAAGAGGCCAUCAAAAGAGCAGCAGCUCAGGGUGCUCACAUCAUUGUGACUCCUGAAGAUGGUAUCUAUGGUUUUCAGUUUACACGAGAAACUCUUUAUCCCUAUCUUGAAGAUAUUCCAGAUCCACAAGUAAACUGGAUUCCAUGUAAUGACUCACAAAGAUUUGGACCUGCCCCAGUGCAAGAAAGGCUCAGCUGUCUGGCAAGGGAUAAUUCUAUCUAUGUGGUUGCUAAUAUUGGGGACAAGAAGCCAUGUGAUUACACAGACCCCAAGUGUCCUAAUGAUGGCCGCUAUCAAUACAACACAAAUGUUGUCUUUGAUUCAGAUGGGAAACUGGUGGCACGCUACCACAAGUUCAAUCUGUUUAUGUCAGAAGCCCAGUUUGAUUUCCCUAAAGAGCCUGAACAUGUGAUCUUUAACACUUCCUUUGGAAAAUUUGGUAUAUUCACAUGUUUUGAUAUAUUGUUUCAUGAUCCUGCCAUAACUCUGGUGAGCAAACUCAAGGUGGACACCAUCCUCUUCCCUACUGCUUGGAUGAAUGUUCUUCCACAUUUAACUGCUGUUGAGUUCCAUUCAGCAUGGGCUAUGGGCAUGCAGGUCAAUUUGCUGUCAUCCAAUACUCAUAAAAUUGGAAUGAACAUGACAGGAAGUGGUAUCUAUGCACCAGAUGGACCUCAGGCAUAUCAUUAUGAUGCAGAAUCUGAAAAUGGCCAGCUUCUGAUUGCAGAACUUCACGCUCACCCUUCUGUUUCUCCUACUUACCUUCAUGCAGUUAACUGGAGUUUGCAUGCCACAACUAUCAAACCAUUUCCUCAGAAUAAUACUUUCAGUGGAUUCAUUUUCUCUGAUGAAUUCACUUUCUCUCAGCUUGACAACCAAGCUGGCAAUCUUACAGUAUGCCAGAAGGAUCUCUGCUGCCAUUUGAGUUACAGGAUGACAGAACAGCAAGAAGAUGAAGUUUAUGCGCUAGGUUCAUUUGAUGGCCUUCAUGUGGUCGAAGGAGAAUAUUACUUACAGAUAUGUACAUUGCUGAAGUGUAGAAGCACUGACAUGCGAACAUGUGGUCAGUCAGUGACUGCUCAUACCCACUUUGGAUCCUUUUCUCUCAGUGGCACAUUUAGCACUAACUAUGUCUUCCCAGAAGUUCUGCUUAGUGGAGUUCAGCUAGCACCUGAAGAAUUUCAGGUUUUGAGUGACGGGCAGCUUAUUAGUCAGAAUGGUACAUCAAAGCCAAUCUUAACGGUGACAUUGUUUGGGAGGUGGUACGAGAAAGACCCACCACAUCCAGAACAGUAUGGACAGAGGAACAAGAUGCGUGCCAGGCAACAGGCCUUUUCCACAUGCACAGCUUACCAUGGAUUUUUUUCAGUGGUCAGACCUUGUUCAACAGGAUUAAACACUCCAAGGAAGCUGGCACAGAAACAAAUCCCCCAAACGUGUGGUUAAAAAUUCUUGCGGAAACAAGAGAAAAAACGAAAACAAAAUGGAGGGAAAAACAUAUGAAAUUAAAAGGAAAAAAUGUAGCAUUUGGCAGCAAGAUAUGUUGUAAACAACUCAUGUGGCAAUGUCUGAAGAAUAUCAUUGUGGAUUGAUUUGGCAAUAUUUACAGGAAAAGAUGGAAAUGUGGUUUAUUUUGG